CUCUUCCAGGGCAGUCCAAUGGACCCGAUGGUGAUGAAGAGGCCGCAGUUGUACGGGAUGGGCAGUAGCCCUCACUCGCAGCCCCAGCAGAGCAGCCCCUACCCUGGCGGGUCCUAUGGGCCCCCCGGCCCCCAGCGGUACCCCAUUGGCCUCCAAGGCCGCACCCCAGGGGCCAUGGCAGGGAUGCAGUUCCCUCAGCAGCAGGUGCCGCCUCAGUACGGACAGCAAGGUCUGAGUGGUUACUGCCAGCAGGGCCAGCAGCCGUAUUACAACCAGCAGCCUCCGCCUCCGCACCUCCCUCCGCAGGCGCAGUACCUGCCCUCGCCGUCCCAGCAGAGGUACCAGCCGCAGCAGGACAUGUCUCAGGAAGGCUAUGGAACUAGGCCUCAACCUCCGCUGGCUCCCGGGAAACCCAACCAUGAAGAUUUGAACUUAAUCCAGCAAGAAAGGCCAUCAAGUUUACCGGACCUGUCCGGCUCCAUUGACGACCUCCCCACGGGCACGGAAGCAACUCUGAGCUCAGCAGUUAGCGCCUCGGGGUCCACGAGCAGCCAGGGGGAUCAGAGCAAUCCGGCACAGUCCCCCUUCUCCCCACACGCCUCCCCGCACCUCGCCAGCAUCCCCGGGGGCCCGUCGCCCUCCCCCGUGGGCUCGCCUGUCGGGAGCAACCAGUCAAGGUCCGGCCCCAUCUCUCCUGCAAGUAUUCCAGGCAGCCAGAUGCCGCCGCAGCCCCCCGGCAGCCAGUCGGAGGCCAGCGUCCACCCCGCUAUGAGCCAGUCUCCGAUGCCCCAGGAGAGAGGCUUUAUGGCAGGCUCACAGAGAACCCCUCAGAUGUCUCAGUACGGACCCCAGCAGACAGCACCGCCCAUGUCACCCCACCCUUCUCCGGGGGGCCAGAUGCACCCUGGAAUCAGCAGCUUUCAGCAGAGCAACUCCAGUGGGACAUACGGUCCGCAGAUGAGCCAGUAUGGACCCCAAGGUAACUACUCCAGACCCCCCACGUAUAGCGGGGUGCCCAGCGCGAGCUACAGCGGCCCCGGGCCCGGCAUGGGUGUCAAUGCGAACAGCCAGAUGCACGGACAGGGGCCCAGCCAGCAGUGUGGGGCUAUACCCCUGGGACGAAUGCCACCGGCCGGGAUGCAAAGCAGACCGUUUCCUGGAAACCUGAGCAGCAUGACCCCCAGCUCUCCCGGCAUGCCGCAGCAGGGAGGGCCAGGGAUGGGGCCGCCCAUGCCCACUGUGAACCGUAAGGCUCAGGAGGCGGCCGCGGCCGUGAUGCAGGCUGCUGCAAACUCGGCGCAAAGCAGGCAGGGCAGCUUUCCCGGCAUGAAUCAGGGUGGACUGAUGGCCUCCAGCGCACCCUACAGCCAGCCAAUGAACAACAGCUCAGGCCUGAUGAGCACGCAGGUCCCGCCCUACAGCAUGACGCCCAACAUGGUCAACAGCUCCACAGAUAUGGUGUCUCCUGGAGAGUCCAAAUUGCCCCUCAAAGCCGACGGCAAAGAAGAAGGGCCCCCGCCGCCCGAGAGCAAGUCAAAGGACAGCUACAGCACUCAGGGUAUUUCCCAGCCCCCAACCCCAGGCAACCUGCCCGUCCCUUCCCCCAUGUCCCCGAGCUCCGCCAGCAUCUCCUCCUUCCACGGAGAUGAGAGUGACAGCACCACCAGCCCCGGCUGGCCAAAGACCCCAUCCAGCCCCAAGUCCAGCUCAUCCACCACCACCGGGGAGAAGAUCACAAAGGUGUAUGAGCUGGGGAACGAGCCAGAGAGGAAGCUGUGGGUGGACCGAUACCUCACCUUCAUGGAAGAAAGAGGCUCUCCCGUCUCCAGCCUGCCCGCCGUGGGCAAGAAACCCUUGGACUUGUUCCGACUCUACAUGUGUGUCAAAGAGAUCGGAGGCUUGGCCCAGGUGAAUAAAAACAAGAAGUGGCGUGAGCUGGCAACCAACCUCAACGUUGGCACUUCCAGCAGCGCCGCCAGCUCCCUGAAGAAGCAGUACAUCCAGUACCUGUUUGCCUUCGAGUGCAAGAUCGAGAGAGGGGAAGAGCCCCCACCGGAGGUCUUCAGCACUGGGGACACCAAGAAGCAGCCCAAGCUCCAGCCACCCUCUCCUGCUAACUCAGGAUCUUUGCAAGGCCCGCAGACCCCGCAGUCCACUGGCAGUAACUCCAUGGCAGAGGUUCCAGGUGACUUGAAGCCACCAACGCCGGCCUCCACCCCCCACGGACAGAUGACCCCAAUGCAGGGUGGGAGAAGCGGCACGAUCAGCGUGCACGACCCCUUCUCGGAUGCCAGUGACUCAUCAUUCUCCAAACGGAACUCCAUGACCCCGAAUGCCCCGUACCAGCAGGGCAUGAGCAUGCCGGACAUGAUGGGCAGGAUGCCUUACGAGCCUAACAAGGACCCCUUUGGUGGAAUGAGAAAAGUGCCUGGAAGCAGCGAGCCCUUCAUGACGCAAGGACAGGCGGCCAACAGCAGCAUGCAGGACAUGUACAACCAGAGUCCUGCGGGAGCCAUGUCCAGCCUGGGCAUGGGCCAGCGGCAGCAGUUCCCUUACGGGGCCAGUUACGACCGGAGGCAUGAACCAUACGGGCAGCAGUACCCGGGCCAAGGCCCUCCCUCAGGACAACCCCCAUAUGGAGGCCACCAGCCUGGCCUGUAUCCGCAGCAACCGAACUACAAGCGCCACAUGGACGGCAUGUAUGGGCCGCCAGCCAAGCGCCACGAGGGCGACGUGUACAGCAUGCAGUACGGCGGCCAGCAGCAGGAGCUGUACGGCCAGUACGGAGGCUCCUACUCGGGCCCGGACCGCAGGCCCCUGCAGGGCCAGUACCCGUACCCCUACAACCGGGAGCGGCUGCAGGCGCCCGGGCAGAUGCAGCCGCACGGGCUCCCGCCGCAGAUGCUGGGUGGGCCCCUGCAGGCCGCCUCCAGCGAGGGUCCCCAGCAGCCCGUGUGGGCGGCGCGCAACGAUAUGCCUUAUCCCUACCAGGCCCGGCAGGGCCCCGGCGGCCCAGCCCAGGCGCCCCCCUACCCCGGCGUGAGCCGCACCGAGGAGAUGCUGGUGCCCGACCAGCGGAUCAAUCACGAGAGCCAGUGGCCUUCCCACGUCAGCCAGCGUCAGCCUUACAUGCCGUCGUCCGCCUCCAUGCAGCCCCUCACGCGGCCCCCGCAGUCCUCCUACCAGACACCACCAUCACUGCCAAACCACAGCUCCAGGGCGCCCAGCCCCGCGUCCUUCCAGCGCGCCCUGGAGAACCGCAUGUCGCCCAGCAAGUCCCCCUUCCUGCCCUCCAUGAAGAUGCAGAAGGCCAUGCCCUCGGGGCCCUCCUCGCAGGUGGCCGGCCCAGCGCCCCAGCCACCCCCCAUCCGGAGGGAGCUCACCUUUCCUGCCGGCUCCGUGGAAGCCUCGCAGCCCGUCUUGAAACAGAGGCGGAAGAUUACCUCAAAAGACAUUGUAACUCCUGAGGCCUGGCGCGUGAUGAUGUCCCUCAAAUCAGGUCUCCUGGCCGAGAGCACCUGGGCUCUGGACACUAUAAAUAUCCUCCUGUAUGAUGACAGCACGGUCGCCACCUUCAAUCUCUCCCAGCUGUCGGGGUUCCUUGAGCUUCUGGUGGAGUACUUCAGAAAAUGCCUCAUCGACAUCUUCGGGAUUCUCAUGGAGUACGAAGUGGGAGACCCCAGCCAAAAAGCCCUGGGGCAGGCGCGCAGAGGGGAGGGCUCGCCCCCCGCCGAGGCGGCAGGGGGAGAGGAGGAGGAGGCCGCCGCCGCGGGGAUGGAGGAUGAGGAGGAGGACGACGAGGAGGAGGAGGACGAGGACGAGGAGGACGGCGAGAAGGCCGAGGCGGAGGAGGACCGGAGCGGUGCGGCCCUCGCCUCCCCGGAUGCCGCCCCCGCGGAGACGCCCAAGCAGGCGAGCAAGUUCGACCGGCUGCCCAUCAAGGUGGUCAAGAAGAACCGCCUGUUCGUGGUGGACCGCUCCGACCGGGUAACAGUUUGGCAGGAGGGAGGGGGCGGGCGGGCGCCGCGCCGGCGCCCGCCGCGCGCCCCGGGCGCCAGCAAGAGGGUGCCGGCGGCGCCCGAGCCGCCCGAGAAGCGCUUCCUGGCCACCAUCGACGACGUGCUGUCGGCGCGGCCGGGGGCGCUGCCCGAGGACGCCGCGCCCGGCGGCGGCCAGCCGGACAGCAGCAAGCUGCCCCUGGGCAUCCACCAGGCCAAGAGCCACCGCAGCAUCCUGCUGCUGGAGGACGAGCCGCGCAGCCGCGACGAGGCGCCGCUGUGCACCAUCGCGCACUGGCAGGACUCGCUGGCCAAGCGCUGCCUCUGCGUGUCCAACAUCGUGCGCAGCUUGUCCUUCGUGCCUGGCAACGACGCCGAGAUGUCCAAGCACCCGGGCCUGGUGCUGAUCCUGGGCCAGCUGAUCCUCCUGCACCACCAGCACCCCGAGCGCAAGCGGGCCCCGCAGACGUACGAGAAGGACGACGACGAGGACCAGGGGGCGGCCUGCAGCAAGGACGAGUGGUGGUGGGACUGCCUCGAGGUGCUGAGGGACAACACGCUGGUCACGCUGGCCAACAUUUCCGGGCAGCUGGACUUGUCCGCGUACACGGAGAGCAUCUGCCUGCCCAUCCUGGAUGGCCUGCUACACUGGAUGGUGUGCCCUUCGGCAGAGGCGCAAGACCCCUUUCCCACCGUGGGGCCCAACUCGGUCCUGUCGCCCCAGAGACUCGUGCUGGAAACCCUCUGUAAACUCAGCAUCCAGGACAACAACGUGGACCUCAUCCUGGCCACGCCGCCCUUCAGCCGCCAGGAGAAAUUCUACGCGACGUUAGUUAGGUACGUUGGGGACCGCAAGAACCCAGUCUGUCGAGAAAUGUCCAUGGCGCUCUUAUCGAACCUCGCCCAAGGGGACGCGUUAGCCGCGCGGGCGAUCGCUGUGCAGAAGGGAAGCAUUGGGAACUUGAUAAGCUUCCUGGAGGACGGGGUCACGAUGGCCCAGUACCAGCAGAGCCAGCACGGCCUCCUGCACAUGCAGACCCCUCCGCUGGAGCCCCCCAGCGUGGACAUGAUGUGCAGGGCGGCCAAGGCGCUGCUGGCCAUGGCCAGGGUGGACGAGAACCGCUCCGAGUUCCUCUUGCACGAGGGCCGGCUGCUGGACAUCUCGAUAUCGGCGGUCCUGAACUCCCUGGUGGCGUCUGUCGUCUGUGACGUACUCUUUCAGAUCGGGCAGUUAUGACCCAAGUGAGGCGCAAGCACUCGUGGGUGUAGAUGGCCGCCUAGCGCCGCUGCCCGCCUUCUGUCCUUGUCUAUCCAGCGGGAGGAAGAAGGAGACGCAGUCUUGCUCCUCUGCCCCCUUCACUAUUUACCAAUUGGGAAUUAAAGAAAUCAUUCAUUCGAACAGUUAUUGAAAUCAAUAUUUGCCAUCUCUGUGUAAAAGUACAUGUCUUUAAAACACACACACACACACAAUUUUUUUUUAACCAAAGUUGCUGUCUAAUGCAUUCAAAGGUCACUUUUGUUUCUCAUAGAGUUUCCUUUUGUAGUCGUUCUUUUUCCAUGUCGUAUUGCUUUUUUAUUUUUAUUUUUAAAUUCUGAGGAAGCAAAUUGACUCUAGAGAAAAAUAUUGUGGUAACAUGUGCUACGGUGGGAAAACUUUACCACAUCGAGGCCAAAAGGGUGAAAGACGAUCCAUUUCCUACAUGUUUUAUUUUUUUAAGAUCAGGAAAAGAAACAACAAAAACCCUGUUAUCCCAUCACCCCCAGCUCUGUGCAAUAGAAACUUCUAGAGAUGUGGGGAUCGGAGCUCAAGGUCAGUCAGUUGUCAGACUUUGAAAUGACAAAGCUGGUCUCUCCACAGGAAAAUGGUUACAUUAGGCCAGGCGCAAAAAAUAGUCAUUUUCUACGUUACGAUUGAAAAUCCGGACCUGACCAUGGUGAUCAGUGACCACCUGCUUCCUCACCACUCUAGCCCCGUCCGCUGUCUGUCGUCCGACCUUCCACAUGGCAGUUUUCACAAUUCCUUUCAUCAUUUAAAAAAAAAAAUUUUUUUUUACUGCCUAUGGGCUGUGAUGUAUAUAGAAGUUGUACAUUGAACAUACCCUCAUUUUUUUUUCUUUUUUUUAGUACAGAGGUUUUUGUUCGUUUCUUUUUCAGGAUGUGGUAACUACAAAGUGAUGGUAGAUUGAAAUAAUUUUUUAUUUUUAUUUUAUAUAUUUUUUCAUUAGGGCCAUAGCUCCAAAAAGAAAGAAAGAAAGAAAAAGAGGGGGAAAAGAAAAAAAAACAAAAAAAUAAUAAAAAAGAAAGAGGGUAAUGUACAAGUUUCUGUAUGUAUAAAGCCAUGCUCUAUCUCGGGAGAGCAGCUGGUCACAGUUUGCUUCAUGGAUCAAGGUGUGGAAAUGGUUGCAUAUACGGAUCGAUUUAGGAAAUGGUUACCAGUACAGACAAAAGAAAAAGAAACACAACUAAAAGGAAGAAACACAACUUCAAAGAUUUUUCAGUGAUGAAAAUUCACAUUUGUAUUUCAAGAUAAUGUAGUUUAAAAAAAGAAGAAAAAAAAAGAAAAAAAGUUGAUGUAAAUUCCUCCUUUUCCUCUGGCUUAAUGAAUAUCAUUUAUUCAGUAUAAAAUCUUUAUAUGUUCCACGUUACGAAUAAAUGUACAUUAAAUCUUGUUAAGCACUGUGA